AUCCCAAGGAGGCUUGGGAGGGCCCCAAUGGGAAGGAGUGGAAGAAGGCCUCAGAUGAAGAGAUGGGGAGCAUCAUCGAGAACGACACGUUUGACUUGGUGAACCUACCCCCGGGGCGUAAGGCGAUCUCUUCCAAGUGGCUCUUCAAGCGCAAGACCGACGCCGACGGCAACAUUGAGCGCUACAAGAGCAGACUUGUAGCCAAGGGGUACCAGCAGCAGGAGAAGAAGGACUACAAUGAAGUAUAUGCUCCUGUGGUAAAGGGUACAACCCUUCGAACCCUCUUCGCCGCGGCGGCCAUCAAAGGAUGGGUGGUGAAGCAAAUGGAUAUCGUAACGGCCUUCCUCAACGGAGUUUUGGAGGAAGAGACCUACAUGGAGCAGCCAGAGGGGUACAAUGAUGGGAGUGGCAGAGUGUGGAAGCUGAAGAAAGCACUCUAUGGCCUCAAGCAAGCCCCUAGGCAAUGGUACAUCAAGCUGCGGGAAGUCUUGGAGGCGAUCGGUUUCACUCCCUCAACGGCCGAUCAAUCAUUGUUCAUGCUUGGCGAGGGGGAGCAGAGGAGCUUCAUGGUGGUUUAUGUGGAUGACAUCCUCAUAUUCUCACCCUCCUCUGACCUUGUGAAGGAGGUGAUGCUGAAGCUUCAAGACAAGUUCAAGUGCAAGACCCUUGGUGACGUCAACUACUACCUUGGGCUUCACAUUGAGCGAGAUGUGGAGAAGCGGUGGAUGCGAGUGCAUCAAAAGAAGUACUUGGAGGCCUUGGCUGCAAACUUUGGAAAGAGUGAAGGUCAUGUGGCUACUCCUCUUCCCUCAGGGUUCAAGUGUGUGAAAGGACCAGCAGAGGAAAGUGUUGGUGAAGAGGAGAGGCGCCGUUUUCAUUCCUUGGUGGGCAGCCUCAUGUAUGCGGCCGUUCACACAAGGCCGGAUGCAGCCUUUGCUACCGGACAGCUAGCUAGGGUUGUCCAAUGCCCUAAUGAAGAGCAGGUAGCAGCUGGAGAGAGGGUGGCCAAGUACCUUGGCCAAACAGCAACUGUUGGACUGCAAUACUCCGCGGCGGCACAAAGGCGUCAAAAGGGUGCGGAUGGAGUCGAACCCGGGAGGCUCUUUCUCACCGCCUUCUCUGAUGCAUCUUGGGCAUCAGAACCAGAGGACAUGACAAGUGUGGGAGGCUUCAUCUGCUGUGUUGGUGGAGGACCAACAGCUUGGGAGAGCAAGAAACAAGUGGACCAAGCAUUGAGCUCGGUGGAGUCCGAGUACAUGGCACUCUUCCGUGCCAUAAGAGAGGUUGUGUGGCAGCGGCGUUUGCUAGCUGAAUUGGGGGAGGAGCAGCAAGGACCUACCCCCUCUACUGUGAUAGCCAGGGUGCUAUUGCAUUGGCUAAGAACCCCGUUCUUCAUGGCCUUACCAAGCACAUGAAGGUGAAGUGGCAUUGGGUGAGGAGCAUGGUAACCGCGGGUGAAGUGGAGUUGCACUACGUGAAGACGACGGCGCAGCCGGCUGAUAUGAUGACCAAGAGGCUGGUUGAGCAGCAGCAUUGGAAGUGUUGCAAGCUUGCUGGGAUGGCUCUGAACUAAGGGGAGCAGAUUCUAAGGCCAACAAUCCGAGGGGGAGUUUGUUGGUGCAACCCUAUGGCUUGCACUCGGCUUGUCGUCCGUGUUUGUGUGUG